ACAGGGUGGGCGAAAAAAAAAACGUAGUAGAGGUGGGUGAUGAUCACUGGCAGUUUGUGCGGUGAAACAGAGGCUUUCACGUCGUUUUAAAAAUCACCGAUUAAAAAUUAAGAAGAACAAAAACGACAGAUAAAUUGGGAAUUUGGGGGUUAAAUCGCGGGUUAACGGCGUGAGCCGAGUGAUCUCUCUCAACUUUUGUGCUGUAUUUUUUGUUUAUUUUUGGGUGGAUAAGUGCACCUAACAAUUUGUCAAAAAUGGCUGGCAAUACGGGAAUGGAGCAAUUGAUUCCAAUUGUUAAUAAACUUCAGGAUGCAUUCACACAGCUGGGGGUGUCCAUGCAGCUUGAUUUGCCACAGAUUGCUGUUGUCGGUGGACAAAGUGCGGGGAAAAGCUCAGUUCUGGAAAACUUUGUUGGAAAGGAUUUCCUGCCGAGAGGAUCGGGCAUUGUCACGAGAAGGCCACUCAUUCUGCAGCUCAUCAAUAGCAUGACUGAACAUGCGGAAUUUCUUCACUGCAAAGGUAAGAAAUUCGUGGACUUUGACGAGGUUCGUCGAGAGAUCGAGGCAGAAACAGACAGAAUAACCGGCAGCAACAAGGGAAUAUCAAACAUUCCCAUAAACCUGAGAGUAUACUCACCAAACGUGCUGAAUUUAACCCUGAUUGACUUGCCUGGUCUCACCAAAGUGCCAGUCGGUGACCAGCCAGUGGACAUCGAGGCGCAGAUCAAGGGAAUGAUAUUUCAGUUCAUCAAGAAGGAGAAUUGUCUCAUUCUAGCUGUCACACCUGCUAAUACUGAUUUAGCCAAUAGCGAUGCACUCAAACUUGCCAAGGAGGUGGAUCCAGAGGGGGUCAGAACCAUUGGUGUCAUCACCAAACUGGAUCUUAUGGAUGAGGGAACUGAUGCGAGGGACAUUUUGGAGAACAAAUUUCUACCUUUGCGUCGGGGGUACAUUGGAGUCGUCAAUAGAAGUCAGAAAGACAUUGAGGGACGAAAGGAUAUUAAGAAUGCUCUGGCAGCUGAGAGGAAGUUCUUCCUCAGUCAUCCAUCCUAUCGACACUUGGCUGACAGACUUGGCACACCGUAUUUACAACGUGUCCUCAACCAACAGCUGACGAAUCACAUAAGGGACACCCUUCCAGCCCUCAGGGAUCGCCUCCAGAAGCAACAGUUGGCUCUUGAGAAGGAUGUCGAGCAGUACAAACACUUCAGGCCUGAUGAUCCAGCCAUCAAGACAAAAGCUAUGCUGCAGAUGAUUCAACAGCUCCAGUCAGACUUCGAGAGGACUAUCGAGGGCUCUGGCUCAGCCCAGAUCAAUACCAAUGAGCUGAGUGGUGGUGCUAAGAUAAAUCGAUUGUUUCAUGAGAGAUUCCCCUUUGAAAUUGUCAAAAUGGAGUUUGAUGAGAAGGAGCUACGUAGAGAGAUUGCAUUUGCCAUUAGAAAUAUCCAUGGUAUCAGGGUGGGACUCUUCACUCCUGACAUGGCUUUCGAGGCCAUUGUUAAAAAACAAAUAAACAGACUGAAGGAACCCAGUCUCAAGUGUACGGAUCUUGUUGUGCAGGAACUCAGCAAUGUCGUACGCAUUUGUACAGAUCGGAUGUCACGUUACCCUCGAUUAAGGGAAGAAACCGAGCGAAUAAUAACCACCUACAUACGGCAACGUGAGCAAUUAUGUAAAGAGCAAUUGAUUCUCCUAGUGGACUGCGAACUUGCCUACAUGAACACCAAUCACGAGGACUUCAUUGGUUUCGCCAACGCGGCGGCCAGUAUCUAUAAUUCAAGUGCUCAGCAGUCGUCUGAAAAUGCUGUCAAGGCUGGAAGACACACACUUGGUAAUCAGGUCAUCAGGAAGGGCUACAUGUGCAUUCAUAAUCUUGGAAUCAUGAAGGGAGGCUCCAGGGACUAUUGGUUUGUUCUCACGUCUGAGAGCAUUUCCUGGUUCAAGGAUGAAGAGGAACGUGAGAAGAAGUACAUGCUUCCACUGGACGGACUGAAGCUCCGUGACCUUGAGCAAGGCUUCAUGUCUCGUCGCCACUUGUUUGCUCUCUUCAAUCCCGAGGGACGAAAUGUUUACAAGGAUUAUAAACAACUCGAGUUGAGUUGCGAGACCCAGGAUGAUGUCGACUCGUGGAAGGCGUCCUUCCUCAGGGCUGGCGUCUACCCCGAGAAGUCCACCGAACAAGCCAACGGAGAAGGCGAGGACGAUAAACUUCGGGGGGGAUCCGAGGGCCAGUCCUCGAUGGAUCCGCAGCUCGAGCGACAGGUCGAGACCAUCAGGAACUUGGUCGACUCGUACAUGAAAAUUGUCACGAAAACGACUAGAGAUCUCGUUCCAAAGACUAUUAUGCAUCUGAUCAUCAAUAAUGCGAAGGAGUUUAUCAAUGGAGAGCUGUUGGCUCAUUUGUAUGCCAGUGGGGACCAAUCCUCGAUGAUGGAAGAAUCACCAGAGGAAGCCCAGAAGCGAGAGGAGAUGCUGCGAAUGUAUCACGCCUGCAAAGAGGCCCUUCGAAUCAUUGGAGAUGUUUCAAUGGCUACGGUGAGCACUCCAGUACCACCACCAGUGAAAAAUGACUGGCUCGCGUCGGGUGAAAACCCCAGUUAUGGACUGUCUCCACCGUCGCCUGGUGGCCCCAGAAGAGGAGUGCAGCAGCCACCAGUGCCCACAGGUGGUCGUGCACCACCUCCAGUGCCAGCUGGUGGCAGGCCAGCCCCAGCUAUUCCAAACAGACCUGGACCUGGUGCUCCACCUUCAGUACGUGGAACCCCUGGCCUUCCACCUCCCCUCAUUCCAUCUCGAGGGGGUAUCCAACAGAGGGUGACGCAGGCAGCGACACAGGCAGCCGCUAAUGCCGCAGUCAACGAGCUCAUGGAUGCAUUCAGGAUCAAGCGCCCAGUACCCACAAUUCCUCCCCGAAUUCCCGACAGACCGUAUUCAGGACGUUUAAACUGAGUGAACACAGUGCACCCUAGUUUAAUCCCUUAAAAAAAAACAGAAAUAAAUUGAGUUCAUCACGAGAAGUUUUCCUGGAUCCAUUGAAACUGGAGGGACACGUUGAGGACGAUGAUGAUGAUGAUGAUGAUGACGAGGCGAUGAUGAUUUCGUCGAGCUCGAGAUAACUCCGGUGGAUUUCGAGGAGAAAUUUCAAAGACUGCGAGACUAUCAAUUUUCCCCUGAGGUUCGUAAUUCUCUUUUUGUUACUGAUGAUUUUUUCUCAACCCUCUGGGAGCCCUUGUGACCCGGAGAUAAUGAUUUCUCGAGUCGAGAAGUAUUAGAAGUCGUGGGAGGAUUAUUUUCGAACUUUUUUGGGAAUUUUUUUUUGAGAUCCAGAGUGAAGUGGAUUUAUCCGGAGAACAAGUCGGUUUAGGGAGAAAUUUCAUAUAACAUUUUUUGUGGGGAAUUUUAUUCUCUGCAAAAAAGGUUCAGGAGCAUUUCCUCGUAGGAUCGAUCGUGAACGAGAUAAACGAGCAAUGAGGAAAUGGUAUUAAUGAAGUAAUCCAGGGUCGACAUGAAGUUUUUUUUGUUAAUUGGGUGAUUAUCUCGGUCAUGAGUGGGUUUAGGGGAAAAUGUGAUAAGACAUUUUUUGUAGGAAAUUGAAUUCUCUAUGAAAAAUGUUUUAUGGCAUUUUUUUGUAAAUCGAUUCGUUACGGAGAUAAUCGUGAAAAUAUAAACGAAAUGUGAGAAAUUCAAGUGUUGGGCCACUUCACUGCUAACUGAACAAUUGUACAACCGUUUACAAUUAUUUAUUGUAAGAUACCGACCGGUGACUCAGUUAGAAUGGGACGAAUCCCCUGGGUGCAGUGAACAUGUGAUUUUUUCUAGUGCUCUUGCAGUCAUUACACGAAAAUUAAUGAUUAAUUGAUAAUCAGUAUUAGAGGGUUUAUUAUUAAUUUUCAAUUCGAUGGGAAUUAUUGAGCGGAUUUAUUGCAAUUUAUCAUGGAUUACUACGCACUGAGAAAAAUUAUAUUAUCAAUGUCGAUAGGCUUAUCGAUAGUCCAGACGUUAUUGAUUAUUUUUUGUUUUGUAAAUAUUUUCAAUUAAAGGCGAGAGUAGGAGGGGUGGAAAUGGGCUCGUUAGAGAGCCAGGAAAAUUUAUUUUCAGACGAUUUCAUGGGAGAACUUUUUUACUUUUUAUUUAUUUAUUGGUAUAAAUGAAUAAAUCAAUUUAAAUAGUUCUCUAAUCGUCGAGUAGUGAAUUAUUUAAAAUCAACAAAUGACUUUUGAGAGUCAUUGGUAAUAGGGAUGGUGAUUUUGUAGGUCGAAUUUCUGUGCUGAAUAACUCAAAUUUCACUUCAGAAAAUUUGUUAUUUCACAUCAUGAUUACCGGAAACUUCAGUUCUCAACUUAUUUUUCGUUCUCUUCGACUUUUUCGUUAAUUAUCUUGGUAAUGAGAGGUUUUGGGGCAAAAUGUGACAAGAUAUUUUUCGUAGAGAAUUAAAUUUCCUACAAAAAAGAUCGAACGACAUUUUCUCCUAAAUCCCCUCAUUACCGAGAUAACUGACUGAUGAAUAAGUGGUCAAAAAUCAUUAGAGUGAAAAAGGGAGAUUUUUUUGCUUCUAGUUAAGGGUCAAACAACCCUUAAGAACGUUCAAGGUUAAGGAGCAAAUGGUCUCAAGGGUCGAACGAGUUAAAUUUAACUGAUCAGAAAGUGUCAUUUGACCCUCAACUCCAAACGUGCGUAAGGGUCGUUUGACCCUUACGAUCAGUUGACCAUCAGCUCCAAAGGUCAUCGAGGGUCGUUUGACCUUCAAAUAAAAACAAAAAAAAAAUUUCUGAAUUGUGCUAAGUAGUCAUUUUUCCUGAUAUUUCAGGGUCAAAUGGCCUCGAAGGUCAAACAGCCCUUAAGAACGUUCGGGGUUAAGGGUAAAAUGGUCCUAAGGGUCAAGCGAGUUAGAUCGGAGUGAUCAGAAAGGGUCAUUUGACCCUCAACUGCAAACGUGCUUAAGGGUCGUUUGACCCUUACGAUCAUUUGAUCCUCAACUCCAAAAGCGCUUAGGGUCGUUUCAACCUUUAAGGGUCGUUUGACCCUUACGAUUAUCAUUUGACUCUUAGCCUCGAACGUCGUGCAGGGUGGCUUGAUCCUAAACUAAAAACAAAAAAAAGUUUCUUGACUUGUGUCAAGUAGUCACUUUCCCUGAUAUUUCAGGGUCAAACGGUCUUAAGGGUCAAACAACCCUUAAGAACGUUCAAGGGUAAGGGUAAAAUAGUCGACGUUCGAAGCCCCUUGUUUCCAACACUGAGUCCAUUUCCAUCGCCUCAAGACGAUUUUUCUCAGUGCGAAAGUAGAAAAGAGUUGACCAAUAAUGAAAAAUCAACGAAAUUGAAAACCCAAUUACCUCUAACUAAUUAAUAACGUCAAGCAAUAGGUCCACAGUAAUUAAAAAUUUGUACAAUUUUUCUUUGAAAUUUAAUUUAUUAGUAAUUGAAUGAACUAGUGUAUCGGAAUUACAAUGUAUGAAUAAAUCGACGGUGUACAUUAAAUUUCAAUUGAAUCGAUGCUUGAAACUUGUAAAUGAAUUUUUAAUCGUUUAAGUGAGAAUGAGGAGAUAAUUGUUAGUAUUACGUUUAGGGAUGGAGACGAUGGCGAUGGCAAUUUUUUUUUUUUGUAUUAAAGUUCAUAGCCAGUCUCCGCGGGGCUACAAGGCACCGACUGAUGAUCAAAAUGUACCUAGGAUAUUUGUGGAAAAGGAAUAAAUGAUAUUUGAGUACAAA